AUGUCUCCUAACGCCCUGAUUGUCUCCGCCUAUCACGGCCGUAAUGAGGCUAUGUUCGACCCUACCCAGUCCUCUACCCUCUCCAUCUUCGCCGGCAAAGCCGCGUACCAAGGCUUCAAAGCCGCGAACAUCCAGAAGUUCCGCUCCGACGCCAUAUCCUUCAUCGUCGACUUCGCUUUCGAACUCGCCCAGCACGAAGCCGAUGAGCUCGAGGGCGAUAUCCGCUUUCGCGCCGGUACAUUCAACGCUCUCUUUGUGCACCUUGCCUUGAAUGAGUCUGGCUUCCGUGAGCAGUGCGUGCCACCUGAGGAUCACGACAUCUUGACGCUCGCCGAAGACCGCCAUAAGCUCAAAGGUUUCUUUGGUGGCCAGGAGAUCUCGGCCUUUCCAGAUGACUUCAAUGAUAGACCUACUGCGGACAGCAAGCACGAUGAUCAGCUCCCAGUCCCUCAGAUCAACGUCAAGGUCGCCACGAAUGUAACUGCGCCGAUGCAGAACACCACCGUGUCGAGUAGUGGCACUCAAGUCGCCGUUUCAGAGUCGAUCAACACGAAGACCGAUUACAAGAAGAAGGUGCUAGAGGCAGUCAACCAGGAAGAGGCUAUCCGCGCCAAGCUGUCCUCAAGGGAUAAUCAUAAAGAAACCUCUCAAGAAGAGACGACAUGCCACAAGACCAUGUCGAAGGACCUGGCUGAGAAGGUCCUCUAUGCAAAGAAAGCUGUGAUCGCCAACAUCGCCACCACAAAACUCGACGUAAACAUCCACACCAACCAGCGCGACUACUGGAUCCAUGCGUUCGUAGACCUCUUCCCCGAUAUGUCUCGCAGCGAAUGUGCGGCCCGUGUUGCGGCAAUGGAAGCCCGCGAGGCCACGGAUGACAACAAGUCACCUUGGGAUGUCAAGUGGCACUCUUACGCCUACGUUCGAGACUCUCUGGGUUGCAAGCUGGCCCCACAAACUUUCAUGCCUGUCUUGCUUGGGUUGUCCAAGGGCUGCGAACACUUCAGGGAUGUUUUUUCUGAGAUCCAGCGCGAAUCGGUUGUGGCAAGUGCACCGACGGAGGCCAUCAAAUCGAGCAUUGCAGCGCCUACUACUCCCACCACCACCGCCGCCGCCAAGAGUGGCGCUCACCAUACGUCAGUGUUGCAGCUACCGUUGCCGGUUGGAGACCUCUCUGUGCUCAACCCGUUCGGCCAUCUCAAGGUGGACGACAGCUCGCCACAAGACAGCUCGCCUAAGAAGAAGACUACCAAGACGCCUGAUCGACAGUUCACCUUUGGCAAGAACAUGCGUAAGGCACCAACAUCUACUAAGCCACAGACCGCCCAUCCCUUCAGCAAGAAAACCUUCGACUUCAACGCGCCUCUCGAGUCUGCACCAGUCAAGCCUAGCCAUUCGAUGAUCUUCGGCAACGCGAGCAAACCGAAAUUUCAUCCAAUUGACAACAACAUCUUUGCGCGCGCAGCUCUCAACCGUCCAGGCUCUGAGUGCUUCAGCUUUGCUUCUGGUCAGUCUGGUGGCCAGGCGGCAUCAGGUUCAUUCCGCUUUGCCGCUGGUAGCAACUCACCACCGCCAUCGAAGCCUGAUGGUUCUGCGACAAAGACCUUCCCUGUUGCUGAUGUCGGCAAGAACUUCUCGAUAUCCUUGGACAACACUGCCCCGACGUCUUCACCUCGUCAGUCAGACAGCAAGCAGUUUGCUCUGACUGACGGAGCGCAGAAGAACGCACAUCAGGCUUUCGUAAGCACUGAAGAGGAGCAAGCAGUGUAUAUCGAUGCCGCUGCUGCGACGGCAUCCGACAAAGAUAGCACUGACCAAGAAAAAGUGGAUUUCUUGAAGUAUAGGGAUAUCCUUGAUGAAGACAUCGCUUCUUCGGAUGAAGACGAAGACGUUGCUGGUGAAGAAGUGGAUCCCCUCGAGAAAUACAAGGACCUCCUUGAUGAAGAAGAUGAGGAUGUUUCCGGUGACGAAGCUACCCUCAGCGGCGACAGUAAUCCAAGCACACUUUCGCAAUCUGUCACCAACUGCCUCGGCGAUCGAGUCGACUACAUCCCCGCCCUACACACCAAAGCUCAUGAUAGCUCCCUUCCUGGCAACAUUGACAUCCAGCAAGACAGUCUCGCGCCAACGACAUCCCCCACCGCCAUCGCAAUUACAUCCGCGGGUGCAAAGCACAACGAUGACGCAGCCGCCUAUGGCAACAUCAAUGCCUACGAGUACCUUGUCCAACGCGACCAUGAGAUACACGAUACAGAAGAUGAUUUGUACUCAUCUGAAGAUGCCAGUGAGACAGACCACGAGCCGAACUCCUCCGAAACUGGCCUUUUCGAUCGCGAGGUAUCACCGAACGAUACCAACACGACUUCUCCUACGCUGGAGUCAGUGUCUCAGGACAUGAUUGAGGACUAUGUCCUCGAGACUUUCCGUCGUGUGGCGGAGCUAGAAAAUGACAGUCGGGUUCCCAACGAGCCACAGGAAGACAUAAUCGACGAGUUGCAUCAGUCUGAGAUCGAGACAAAGAUCGCGACAUCAGAUAUCGACUCUUCUAACGAAUCGCCACUCCACGAUGUUGAUAUGGUCAGCCUGGUCCCCACGUCGCAGAUGAGCUCCAAGCUCCCUCCCCUGGCUCUAUCGACCGAGCCCCUAGAAGACCUUGAGGCCUGGGCAAUAGACGCGCUCGAUGAUGCAUUUGGACCUUCCAAUGCUCCUUCCUAUGCCCCUCCUCAGCACCCGACCUUGGUUCUGGAUCAAACCGCAUUCCACGAGCUCUUCGAUCCAGAGUUGCUAUUGGGAUCUUUUGGUACCUCCACCGAUGUAACAGACGAACCUCUGAAAGACGAGGUGCAGCUGCUUACGCAAUUGGAGCACUUGUCUCUGGCGGAUAUUAUCGCUAAUACGAAAGGCGAUGUUCAAGCACCAAAGCAAGUUUCUCCAGUCGACACCAAGCGGAAGGCCACCCAACUUCUCGACUUUUCAGCGAUCACAAUGAUCAUCAAUAUUGCAGUCGAGCCUAACUUCGGUUGUCUCGCUAGCCAUAAGGCAUGUCGCCCAGGCAAAGACACGCCAUCUAGCGCACUUUCGCCUGAUUCGGUGUUGUCUACCAAGUCCACAUUGGAUCACGCAACUCCAAACUCACUGGACAUGAAAGUCCCCGGCGCUCGCACAAUCAAGCCAAAGGUGACAGGCACCAAGUUGGCUUUGCUAGCGCCAGCCACGAUCAACAACCAUUGA